AUGUCGUGGGGGCCUGUACCCUCUCAGCUGCGUCUGCUCUCCCAACUGAAAAAUGCGUCUGUUGGUGACAAAGUGAGGUUCUUGGGAUGCGUCACUUCGUACGAUACUGCAGCAGCAUGUCUCAAUCUAGGGCACAUGUACCCGCCAGGCACUAACGAGACUGUACGGGUUAACAUUGAGCUGGUUCUCGAGACCAUCCAGCCAGGAGUAACGCAAGUUGGGCAAUGGGUGAACGUUGUGGGGUACAUCGUCGCGGGCAAUGAGUCGCUUGUGCAUGUCCAAGCCCUGUUAUUGUGGUCAACGGGGCCGUUGGAUAUUGGCAGAUACGAGAAGAGCCUGCAGGAACAAGUGGCUGGGCUAUGA